AUGAUCGACGCAUCCGCCGUUGAUGCCGUGCUGCAGCACAUCCUGCCGGCCGUGAAGGCUCACCAGACGGGCUCCUCAACCCCGUUCAUUCUUGGCUUGUCGGGGCUCCAAGGAAGUGGCAAGUCGACAUGGGCAGCGGCUCUGACGCAGACCCUCAACGCCAAGCACGGCGUCAACACGCGGACGCUCUCACUGGACGACCUCUACCACGACCACGACCAGCUCGUCGCCCUGCGCGAGUCCAACCCGGGGAACGGGCUCCUCCGCACCCGCGGCCAGCCGGGUACGCACGACGAGGCGCUCGCGCGGCGCUUCUUCGACGACGUCUGCCAGAGUGCUGGCGGAAGCUCUGAGGGCAUCAAGUGGCCUGCGUUCGACAAGAGCCUCUUCAGCGGCGAGGGCGGCCGCGUGCCUGUCGCGGAGUGGGACACCGUGCCGCGGAGCCCGCCUCUGGAGGUCCUCAUCUUUGAGGGCUGGUGUCUUGGCUUCCAGCCGCUCUCAGCUGAGCAAGUCGAGGAGAAGUGGAACAAGGCCAAGGCAGCCUCCUCAAACAGCACUUCCUCCGACGGGGAAGCGCAGCUGUCGACGACGACGUUGGCGGGCCACAGCCUGGAGCACCUGCUGCUCAUCAACAAGAACCUGGAAAGGUACUGCGAGGCCUUCAUGGGCCCCUGGCGCUUCGACGCGUUCCUCCACCUUAGCACAGACCAGCUGGUGAAUGUGUACUACUGGCGGCUGGACCAGGAGAGGGCGUUGCGGGAGAAGAAAGGUGCGGGAAUGACGGACGCGCAGGUCAUCCGUUUCGUGCAGGGCUACAUGCCCGCUUAUGAGUUGUACCUAGACAGACUAACGCAGGAGUCGUUCUUCACGGAAGGGAAGAAGGCUCAUGUCCGCGUUAUUCUAGACUCUAAUAGAACAGUUCUGCGCGUUGAGAAAGCGUAG